AUGGUUAACUGGCUUGGAUACGGAAAUCUCGAAAAUGUAAAUUUGAAUGCUGGUUUAGAGGUCCAAUCAGAGGGCUGGUACGAGAUAAUUGGGCAUAUCCUGAACAACUACAACGAGAUGAAUUUGGCGCCUAGUCCAACAUAUCAUUACAUUUCACCGCUGGCCAGAUCGAGAUCUGAAGCACGUGGAGCCCAGUCAGUGCGACGUUCAUAUUCAUUCUCGCAUGGAUCCGGUGCAUCAUCCUUCGGUAGUGGUGCACUUACUAUGCCACAGUACGGCUACGGCGGUGGAUACAUGUCCAAGUCGCUGUCACGAAGUUCUUCUUCGUUAUUUGGACGCUCAUUAUACAGCUCAGUGUUAACUCGAACACCACCGCUUCAUAGUGUGGGUUUACAGCGUAGUACACCUCACUACACUGAUAAGUAUCCUUAUGUGCGGUAUUCAUAUGGAAGUACAGAUACUGGCCUUGGCAUUCUUACACAAACUGAAUCGAUGACAACUAGGGAUUAUAGUAUACGAGAUCUAAGAACGAAACGGUGGUUGGAAGGUCGAUCAAAUGCCUACAAUACGGGACAUUUUACAACACCUAAAUACACUGCACAAGUUGAGCGUCCCAUUACUCCUGUACGAAACUAUGUACGGUAUAUGCCUAUAGAAGAUGCGGUGAAUAUGUACAAGAAACGGUGUAUGACUGUUGGCACAUUAUCCAAGUACUGGUUAACGCCAACGUGGCAGUCACGCCGAGAAAAAGAAUUGAACCUCGGUUCCGCGCCUGCUAGAGGUGACUAUUUGUACGCUUCGCGGUAUUCCAAUCAUCCUACCUACUCUCGCGUUGCCAGUCAGCUUUAUACGAAUUACUAAAAUCCUGAAAGAAAAUUUAUAUUUUUGGUUAAAUUACGAAGAGCUGUGCAAAUUGCAAUACCUUUUUGAUGGAAUGUUGGUUUCAUUAAAA